UACAGUAAUUGCUGCACAUUAUGUUUAUCAGAUCGGUAAAGGUGAUAGAAACCUCUUUUGAAAAUGUUCAUACGUUAAACUGAACUUCUUGGUUGGAACCUCGGAAAAAGUUGGAUCCUUAACUACAAGCCAAGUAAAAUGGAUGAACUGAGCAAAGAUUUGUCGAUUAUAUUCUUCCUCAUGAGAUUUGUUGCCUUAUGGCCGUACGACUACAACAGACAUCUUCCUGUGUGGCUCCAGCGUUAUAAAACUUCUCUAGUGCUUAACGUGCUCUACUACUUAUUUUGGCAAUUCAUAUGUCUGCACAUUGCUAUUUUCCACGUCAUAACGGUGCUGAACAGUUUGGACAAUUUUGACGAUCUGUUCCUGGUGAUGGUUAGCACCAUUAUCUAUUGCCUGAUGUUGCUGAUAAAUGUUAACUUUCGACUUUACUAUCAUAAAAAUCUCGUACUGAUUGAGUUCCUCAAGUAUCGGUUUAAACAACGGUCAGCAGCUGGAUUAAAUUUUGUGAAAUUCGAAUCCUCGAGGCGUUACUUCAUUCGGCUGUUCAAGAUUUGGAUUGUUACGUGUGUGCUCGGGACAAUGCAUUGGGCUAUUUUCCCAAUUCUUCAGCGUGAGAUGGUGCUUCCCUUGCAGUGCUGGUACCCAUUUGAAGUGCAUCGAUCUCCAUAUUACGAGUUGGCAUAUCUGGGACAAGUACUGGGCCAACUUCAAGUCGGGCUCGUUUACGGAAUGACUGGAGCAUUGCUGAUGAUGUACAUUUUCAUUGUAUGCGGACAAUUCGACAUACUUUGCUGUAGUCUCAGUAACGUGUACUACACCGCCUUGAUCAACAGGAAUGGCAAUCGGUUCAAACUGUCCGCUUCCCAGGCAGUAUUGGAGAAAGCUUUGCGCAAUCCGAACGAUCUUUACAUUAAGGAAGUGUUCCUGGAAGAGUUGUCCAAGGCACCAAGAACGACUACCAAAAAAUUGGCUCCUGUUGCGGAAAAGCACCAAUAUUUGCAUUACCUGCAAGAUGAAUUAGCAACGGCUCUUGAUGAGUGCGUAGAUCAUCACGUCUUGCUGAUACAUUUCUGUCGAUUGCUAGAAGAAGGCUUUCAUCCGUUUGUACUAUUGAAGCUUGGACAGAUGUUGAGUUUACUUUGCUUGCUAUCCUAUAUGGCCACAGUGACUGAUCUAAGUGUUAUGAAAUUGAUGAACAUUGGUGAAUACUUCGUGUUGACGAUGACAGAGCUAUUCUUGUUCUGCUAUUUGGGCGAAACCCUAAAAAACCAGAGUCUUAAAGUAAGUGGUGCAUUGUUGAAGUCCAACUGGUACAAAUGUGGAGCACAGUCUCGUCAACGUGUCAUAUUUCUUCUGAUGGCUUCACAGAAACCGCUAAAGCUAACCGCUCUAAAACUGUAUUCUUUAGAUUUCGAUACAUACCGAUCGGUUCUGACUGCAGCAUUUUCAUACUACACAAUCCUCAAGAAGCUGCAAAACGGUAGUCGCCAUACUAGUUAAAUUGUAACAGUCAUAAUCAAUAAAAAUUUUCUUAUUAUCUCGAAUAGUUGUAACUAUACUUGGAAAUAUUUUGCAAAUAACCAUUAAUUGAAAGACAGGAUAAUCAACUAUUUUCGAAACGGUUA